GCUUUACUGUGAAGGAAAGGAAAGUGGAAAGAAAAAGUGCAGAUUCUUGCCCAUGUUCACUUUAUUUGUGUUUGGGAGAAAUCACCACACAAGGCAGAAGAAAGGCGAGAAGGAGAGCAAAUCCCGCCGGGAAACUGCAAAUUCCGGCCAAAAUCAUCGGAAUUCAACCUUAAGCCAAGAGAUAAAUUUAAUCGUUUUCACAUGGGCUUCAUUUCUAUGUUUCGAGCUGAUGGCGUCGAACUGAGAUCGUGGCAGUAAAUUUUAGGCGUCGAAGACCAGUUUUGGAGGUAUUGGGUGGAAUAUCUUCCCUGUUAAGUCAUGGAUUCUAGAGGUGCUAAAGAUAUGUAUUAGGGAUUUCUUUAUGGGCAAGAAACCUGAUAUUCUCACCUAUAAAUAUAAGGCUUAGAUUCCCACUCUUAUACACAAUAUUCUAGCACAAAUUCCUACCCCGUAUAGGAGUGCAUAAGGAGUGUAGAGAGAGAGCGGAAGAUCUUGCUUGUUGCUGUGUUCGUGAUUCAUUCUUGUGCUUGAAUUCAAUGGCUUCUCAAGGUUAGUACUUUUAGUGUGCAUAUUAUUAUAGUUGAAUUACAAAUCUCACCGGAAAACUCCAAAUUCCGGCCAAAAUCAUUAGAAUUCAACCUUAAGCCAAGAGAUAAGUUUAAUCCUUUUCUCAUGGGCUUCAUUUCUAUGUAAGUGGUUCCUUGAACUCGUCACAUACAGAUUUGAGUUAACUUUAUAUUCUUGUUUGUAAUCCGAUUCGUGUAAUAUAUGUCGUGGCAGUAAAUUUUAGGCGUCAAAGACCAGUUUUGGAGCUAUUGGGUGGAGAAGUUUUCCAGCUAUACUCUUGAUUUCCUGCAUCAGUUGAUCUCUCAAAGUUUCCAAGCAAUGCCAGAGGACUGGGAUUCUUCAUCCUUGGUUCACCUCAAUGUGGGAGGAAAGAAGUUUUCCACCACCGUCAGUACUCUAACUCAGCGUCAACCCGAUUCCAAUCUUGCUGCAAUGUUUAGCGUUCCAAACACUUUGCGCCAAGAUAAGAAGGGAUAUCUUUUUAUCGAUAGGGAUGGCGAACAUUUUCGGCACAUUCUUAACUGGUUAAGAGACCGUAAGAUUCCUAUAUUAGAAGCUUCCCAAUAUGCAGAACUUGUUAUGGAGGCAAAAUACUAUCAACUACUAGGGUUACUUGUUGGAAUACUUGAUGUCCUUAACAGUAGGCAAGAUAAGAAGUUGGAUGCAGAUUUUACCCGUGCCGAGGUUAUCAACUACAUACAUUCAGGGAAGUGGACUAGAGGCCUGCGUAAUCGUGUGCAUUAUUUUCGAGGGGUUAAUCUUUCUGGCCUUAAUCUUUCAAAACUGGACCUGUCAAAUGUCGACUUCGCUAAUGCAUGUCUGAGACACGUGUGUUUCUCAGGUGCAGAUAUUCUAAAUUCUAAUUUCAACGGCGCUGAUGCUGAAGGUGCUACCUUUGACAAUGCAAAUUUGCGUAGUUCUACUUUUUCUGAAGCAAAUCUUCGAGGAGCUUCUUUUGUGGGUGCUAAAAACUUCGAUCUCGCCGGGGCAUCUUGCGUGGAAGAUUGUAAAGGGUUGAUGUAUCCUAUGUUUGGCUUUUUGUGACCUACAAAGCCAUGGCCCAGCGACUUGCUGAAAUUCACGUUGAAAUACAAAAUGUAGAAAAUGCUAUUCAUGAUACUCGAAGAAUGUUAAAUUUUAUCUGGAGGCAUCUUCGCUCCGCGAACCCGGCUGCUUUUGAAGCCCGAAUGGAAGCAAGCCGUCAAAGAAUU